AUGGCGACAGCGCGGACUUUCUUCAGCACAAAUGCUGCUCUUCGCUCAACACCUAGACAAGCAAUGUUCCGUCAGUUCAAGAACAACAGCAGUAAUACCUGGCAGAAGCAGCAGUCAAGAACCUAUGCCAACGGUUUCCGACGAGGCGGUGGUUAUCAGUACUCACGGUUCCAGCAAGCAAGCGGACUGAUGCGGCGAUGGGCAGCAAGGCCCACAUUCUAUUACGAAGCAGGUGGUGUGGCCGGCGUAUGUAGUGGCUUCUACGUGUACAACUUGGAAGUCGUACCCGUUUCUGGCCGUAGGCGCUUCAACAUCGUCUCUGCAAGCACAGAGCAGCAAUCCGGACAAGAGCUGUACCAACAAGUCAUUGAGCAAUACCAAGGACGUAUCCUACCUCCAUCUCAUCCUCAACACAAACUCGUCCAACGCGUCUUGGACCGUCUCAUCCCGCACUCUGGACUAUCCGCAGAAACCAACAACUGGGAAGUGCACGUCAUCAAGGAUGAGCAAAAGAACGCCUUUGUGAUUCCAGGCGGCAAGGUUUUCGUCUUCGCCGGCAUCUUGGACGUGUGUCAAGGUGAGGCAGGACUGGCGGCAGUGUUGGGACAUGAGAUCGCACACAAUGUAGCCCACCAUUCUGCCGAACGAAUGAGCUCUUAUGCUGUGUUCCUGCCUGUCGCAGUCGUUGCUUCAUUACUGUUGGGCUUGGGUGAUGUUGGAAACGUGUUCACGAGGAUGGUUGUGGAUUUGGCUUUCCUGAGACCUGGUAGUAGAAAGCAGGAGUCCGAGGCUGAUUAUAUCGGACUGAUGAUGAUGGCGCAAGCCUGCUAUGACCCAUCAGCUGCCGUCGGAUUAUGGUCAAGAAUGCACGACGCAGAAGAAGGCGCCCCACCGCAAUUCCUCUCCACACACCCUUCCAGUCACAACAGAAUGGAGAAGAUUCAAUCUUGGUUGGGCGAUGCUGAAAUGAAAAGGGAGCAAAGUGGUUGCGGUCAGGUAUCUGACUACGCUAAUCAAUUCCGCGAUACGUUCUCGUCACGCUGGAUCUGA